AUAUGCGUAAAAAAUAUACCGUGCAAACAGUUAUGCAUCUAAAUAAAAUGUUUAUAUUUCUAUCAUAAGCAAACAUAAAUAACAUUGUCAAUUUUGCUACAGCAAUAAUCAAUCGAACGCGGUUAUGAUUUGGAUAUUCAAAUUUUUAAUAUUCCUUUUUUAUUACGUUGCUGUCACCACAUUCCUUAUUUAUCUGUAUGUAAACAAUGCCAUCAACUUUUUUGAAUUGAAUGUAUUCUCAUCGUCGGCGUCUGCAACUAAGCACAGUUACGACAUUAUAAUCGUUGGUGGUGGAACUGCCGGUUUGACAAUAGCCGCUGGACUGAAAGAGAAAAAUGUAUUGAUUAUCGAGGCUGGUGCCGAUUUUCAAUCGCCAAAUGCCCAAAUUUCAUCAUCAAUUGGACGAAUACUUCAUAACAUACCGAUUGCAACGCCAUUGCUACAGUUUCAUGAGCUAUUCGAUUGGCAAUACAAAACUCAACCGCAAAAAGAUGCAUGCAAAGCGCUCACCAAUAAUGUUAGUCAUUGGCCAACGGGAAAAGGAUUCGGUGGAACGCAACUCAUCAACAAUAUGAUUUACGAACGUGGUCAUGAGGAUGAUUUUCGCAAUUGGUUCAACAUCGAUCCCAAUGAAUAUAAUUUUAAGACGUUUGUCCAAGAAAUUUUACCAUUUUAUGAAGAAUUCGAAGAGUUUAUCGAAAUAUCUGAACUGCGAAGCACAACCAAAGCAGCCAAUGCAUUUAUUGAAUCCAAAAAACAGCUUGACGACCCAAAUAUACUUGAGUUUAAAUUGCCCGAAGUGGUACAAGAUAAUGGUAAACGUUGGAGCGUUGUAAAUUCAUACCAUUCAUUUCCGAAUGCAAAAAAAUAUCGAGUACUCUCGGAUGCAAGAGCCGAACGUAUUUUAUUUGAUGGCGAUGCGGGUGAUGCAAAAACAACAUUAAAAGCGGUCGGUGUUCGUUAUCGAAAGUUGGGCAAUCUGUACGAGGUGCGAGCAACAAAAGCUGUGAUAAUAGCCGGUGGAACAAUUGGUACGCCAACAUUACUGCUGAAAUCGGGCAUUGGACCAGAGAAUUUAUACACACAGACAACAAAUAAAACGGCAAAAAAAGACACCAAAACAACUGCCGACGAUCCAUUGAAGUUAAAACUUCAAAAGCAUUUACCGGCUGUUGGACAAUAUUUACAAGAUCAUGUAACAACCGGUAUUGAUUUGAUUACAUUAAAUCAAUCGCUUGGUUUCGAACCAUGGAAUUUAUACAGCAUAAAACAUUUGUGCGACUAUUUUUGGAAUGGUGAAGGACCGUUUACGAUGGGCGGCUGUGAAGGUCUUGGUUUUGUUCGAACCAAUUUGGAUGCAUCACAUGUGCCAGACUUGGGUUUUAUGCUUAUACCAAUGGGUUCAACACUCGAUGCUGGCGUCUAUUUUCGACGUUUAUUUAAUAUUAACGAACGCACUUGGAAGGAAUAUUUUCAACCGUUGAUUGCAACGUCAACGAUUUCAUUGCUUCCGAUUGUUUUACAUCCGAAAUCACGUGGUUUUGUUACGAUUCGAUUGAAUCGGGAUGAUGAUGUUGAAACAAUCAUCGAUCCACAAUAUUUAUCACAUCAAUAUGAUGUUGAUGUUUUGGUAACUGGACUUAAGUUGAUUCAAAAAAUUGUCGAAACACCAGCAUUUCAGGCACUUGGCGCAUCAAUAACACAACGAUCGUUACCGGGAUGCAAUCAAUUUCGUUUUGCAUCCGAUGAAUAUUGGCAAUGCUAUGCAAAACAUUUAACAUUAACCGCUUAUCAUCCGGUUGGAACGUGUCGCAUGGGAUUCAAUCAAAGUGAGUCGGUUGUUCAUCCAACCACAUUUCAAGUGCAUGGCGUUGAACAAUUAUACAUUUGCGAUGCAUCCAUUAUGCCAUCAUUGCCAAGUGCCAAUCCACAAUCGACAAUCGGUAUGCUUGCUCGUAAAUUUUUACAUUCAUUUUAUGCACUACAACCAACACACAAUUCAGAAGACAGCUUGUAAUUUAGUCAUUUGAAUACAAAUACAGUGUUUAUUUAUUUAUCCAAUGAAAAUAAAGUCAAAGAACAUUUUUUUGUGAUUUUGAACAUUCAACACAUAUUCCAGCAUCAGUUUUUAUUCCGCUUGAUGACAUCAUAUGAAACAAUUUUCAACUACCAACAUUGCGGCUAAUACACAUUACAAAGAUAUUUUUUUUUAUAAGUUUUUUUUUUCGCUUCAAUUAAUUCAUACAAAAAUCAAGCUCAUAUUAAAGAUUUUUUUUUUGUACAAACACUCCUAUUGGUGUGAUAAUAAAAAAAACUGUGACAUACCGCAAAGAAAUAGAAGUCAUGGAUUUUGCUGAAGCAGAAAGAGAAUCUAAUCAGUAGUCAUUAUAAUGCAGUCAUUCAACAAUUUCUAUUUUAUGUUCCCAAACUCUAGUUUUUCUUUUGAAGACAAAAGCUAAAUAAAAUCGAAAUCAGCAACAA